AUGACCCUCCGCGCAGGCUUCUACACGGUCUCGCUCGCGGUCAAGCUCCUCCGGCGGGAGCUCGAGAGCCCGACACUGCACUGGAGUCACGACAAGGAGAAGAGCGAGAUCGACUCCGAACAUGCGCUACCGUGUUACCUACCCCUCUUCCCUGCAUUCCUCGCUCUCGAGCUUCGCGGCGUAAUAUACAAGCGCCCUGAAAAGCGCAUCCGCCAACGCUUCGACCUACAGUCACUUACAAUCUGUGACUACACCUAUGACUCGCGCGUGCAGCUUCACCAGCGUGCAACCAUUGAUCUGCUCUGCCUCUUCCUGUUGUUCAAGGAGCCCAAGUUUCAACAUAUAUGCCCACGAACCCGUCAAGAGGAUGACGUCGAGUGGGGUGGCCUGACAUCAGGAAACAGCGUCUUGCUACGUAGCAGGGGCAUCUACUACUACCAGCCACCGCGUCUGCGCUCACUGCUUAGUGCAUGCGCUCGGCUCAGGAGAGCCUGA